AUGGUGCGAUCGCCAACUCCUAGCAUACCGUUGCGUAUGGUCGGUGGUCAUCCCCUUCCCGCCAACGGAAUGCGACCACCUCCGUCACCGAGCUAUGAAUCGGCUCCGUAUAGCUUCAAGUUACGGGUCCCUCCCCGCCUUUGUCCUGCCAGACAGCUUGACUCGUCUCCAGCAACCAACACAGGCGGUGAUCAAUCAGCGCGCUAUCAAUCUCGCAGUCCUUUCCCUCAUCCUUCAACCUCAGAAGUCCAUCAUACGUCCUCGAGGGCGGGUCGAGCCCCUUCCAGACCCCAUAGAGACUAUCAUCCGAAUCACCAAUUCGAAACAAACAUCCCUGGCUUGGAUUGGCGCGAGAUUCAGAACAUCAAGACUCGUACCAAGGCACCUUCAUCGGGUCACCAGAACCACCACCACCACAGUUAUAGGUACAUACACUCGGGAUCCCGAUCCCGUAGGCCUUGCGACAACAUCGACCACCAGAUUAAGGAUCCGGUGCCUAUGUAUGGCGUAGCGCUUGUUGACGAUAGAGGCGGUGUUGAAUUCUUAGCCACCGACAGGAUGGACGACUGGUUGGCGGGUGUCGAGAAUGAUGACUUCAUAAUCUAUGAAGACCCUGUGGAACACGGACCAGAAAGAGACGACAUCGAAAUGAGCAGUGCCGAACCCCAAACUGAUGAAUCUGGACUGGCGUCCACCGUCGUUCGUUAUGCGAUGAUGGAGAUAGAAGACGGCGGCGACUCAGACAAGGAGAACCAAAACGACGCCCCGAAGUAUCGCCGCAUUCGCAAACCCACCCCUAUAAAGCCUACUAUCCUGAGGGAGAUCAAACUGAACCAGGUCAAGACUGAAAUUGUCAAGGAGGACGAUGCGAAGACCAUUUGGCCGAAGGUGGACGACUCUAUGCUUAGCGUUCUCAAGCGGAGGAGCAUCAAGCGUCAAGCUGUGCGUCCAUCCUUAGCCCAGCACCAUAACGUAGAUGAAGUGGCUGCUAACGCGCAGCAAGCUUACCAACACUCUCAAGCGUGGCUUGUCCAAGAUGAGCCUGAGGAGUAUCAGAAGCAGCCGUGCUUCCAAGCAAGCAGGUACUUCAUCUGUCGGCACCCGGGAGAUGUCACUCCUCAGCACUCGCCGAUUACCGACCACCAAAUCCCAACCGCUCCCUCGUCCCGUGCUACGGAUUAUCACAGUUUCUCCAUCAUCGCUGAUGACGGAAAGCUCGUCACUAUCGAGCUCUGGGACUUCCCAGGUAACAUUGCUAAUGAGCGGACCACCCAGCUAGCUUCCAACUUUUUCCAAGCUGCCAUCAUCUGCUACAGCAUCGAGGACGUCAAGAAUCUUCCGUCCAUCUGCGAUACAUGGAAACCCAAACUCGACCGCUCCCUCAUCGAUUGCCCUCGCUUUCUCCUCGGCCUCAAGAAAGAUCUCCGCCCUGCCUUCCCGCCUCUCGGCCUCAGCUUUCUGCCUCGAAAGGAGCCUGUCAUGGCCGACAUGGGUCGCAGCGCAGCCUACCACUCCCGUGUUGCCGGCUAUGGCGAGUGCUCGGCAAAGACGGGUGAGAACGUCGACGACGCAUUCCGCGGCAUUGUCAACUUUACCCUGAGCCACAUGAGAAAGAAGGAGAUAGGCAUUGCCCAUGGAAAGCGUCGAGACAAGGCUAAGGAGACGGUCAAGGAUGCGGGCAAGGUCAUGGUUGAUGCGCUGUGUGGAUUCCCGAAUGGCCCGACUCCGGGCCGUGCGUGGAGCCGUCACUUGUAG